AUGCCGCGUCAACAGAUCAACCUGGAGCCUUACCGGGAAGAAAUUAUCACGCUGUUCCAACGCGGGAUCAGCAGUGAUUCCAUCGGUCGUAUUCUGCAAAGUCGCCGCACCACAACUGCAGACGAAGUGCUCCAUGCACGCAUCAAGGUGCUCUUUAUGCAAGACAAGCUGACCGAUAAGGCAAUGCUGAAGCUCCUACGGGAAGAUGGGUAUGAGAUUUCAGAACGAACCCUGCGUCGGCUGCGGUUUCAACUCGGCCUUCAUGCCAGAACCCCCACCUUUGAACAUGAUCGCGGAAUGAGACCAGUUUCAAUGCCUCUGUCCAUGACCAUGUCAGUACCGAUGAUUGCGGCUCAGAAUGGGCAGGGCCUCUAA